AGAGGUGAGUCUUAUCUCCUUUGUGAGUCUGCACGGAGGAGGUGCGUGUGAAGUGUGAAGACUGGGUAGGCCUGGGAAGACGGCAGGACACACGUUCAUCCAAGGAUUGUCCCAUAGCCCGGUGAUGAUAUUGGGAAAAAGAAAUUCUGCAAUUUUGAAGGAAAUAAUGAUGUAAUAGGAUGCGUUGAGGAACAAAUGAUCAAAAUGGGAUUCAUUCAUUUCACGUCACGGGACUUCACAUGUGAAUUUAUAAGGAUUUCUCUCAUAUGAACUAUAUUCAGCUGUCCGCCAGCCUGAUGCCCAGACGUUGAGCACUCACGUGUGCCCCUUGAGAGACAAGAUGUCCGAAAUGAGCAGGGAGAGGUCUCAUCCCAGCCACACGCUGGCUCACACGGCUGACGACUUGGCGCAGAUUGAAAGUGGCAGCAGCAGUUUAAUAGACAACAGGAAAGAACACUCUCUGAGUACAAGACCUGGCGGCAUGUCCAGGCUGUUGAGCUUCAUGAAGAGCUGGGGUCCUAGAGGAGGGUACUCUGGGGUGCUGCCCUCAGACUCCACCAUGGAGGCUCACACAGAGUUCAGAGAAGCCUGGAGGGCGGAGAGCAUGUCGUCUGGAAGACGCUCUGACAAGCUCCGCAGGAAGAAUAAUGGCGGUCAGUGGACUUUGGCAACGCUCAAUAUGAAUAACUGCAACAACACAGACAAAAAAAAAGAUGACAAAAAAGACGAGAAAAAAGACGACAAGAAGGAGGAGAAGAAAGAUGACAAGAAAGACGCAAAGAAGGAUGACAAGAAGGAUGAGAAAAAGAAAGAGGAACCCCCAAAAGAGGUGUGGAUUAUGGACCCCGCCACUGAUAUGUACUACGGAUGGCUGACCUUCAUUUCUGUACCCGUGUUCUACAAUCUAAUGCUUUUGAUGCCAAGGGCCUGUUUCAACGAUUUACAGACCAACUACCGGAUAACGUGGCUUGCUUUGGAUUAUAUUUCAGAUGCAAUCUACUUAGUUGACACUUUUGUGAGAUCCAGGACAGGUUUUCUAGAACAAGGAUUGCUUGUGAAGGACCAGAAGACACUAAUGGAGUCCUACAGAAAGACACCCCAAUUCAAACAUGACAUGAUAUCAAUAAUUCCCACUGACUUUGCCUUUUUUAUAGUUGGUAUUGACAACCCGGAAUAUCGAUAUAAUCGGCUUUUCAAGAUGGCACGUCUUUUUGAGUUUUUUAACAGGACGGAAACGCGUACCAACUUCCCCAACAUUUUCCGAAUCUCCAACCUUGUUCUUUACAUCGUUAUCAUCAUUCAUUUGAACGCUUGUGUUUAUUAUGCCAUCUCCAAAACUCUCGGUUUCGGAUCAGACACUUGGGUGUAUCCAAACAUCAGUCAUCCCGAGUACGGGCGACUGGCCAGAAAGUACAUCUACUGCCUUUACUGGUCCACACUCACCCUGACCACUAUUGGAGAAACGCCACCUCCUGUUAGAGACAUCGAGUACCUGUUUGUGGUGUGCGAUUUCCUCACUGGAGUGCUGAUCUUUGCUACCAUUGUCGGUAAUGUUGGUGCCAUGAUAUCCAACAUGAACGCUGCCCGUGCAGAGUUCCAGUCCAAGAUCGACUCCAUUAAGCAGUACAUGGAGUUCCGUAAGGUCACCAAGGACAUGGAGACCAGGGUGGUCAAGUGGUUCGACUACCUGUGGACGGAGGAGAAGACGUGCGACGAGAAGGAGGUGCUGAAGAACCUUCCGGACAAGCUGAAGGCCGAGAUUGCUAUAAACGUGCAUCUGGAGACGCUGAGCAAGGUGCGCAUCUUCCAGGACUGCGAAGCUGGCCUGCUGAUCGAGUUGGUGCUGAAGCUGCAGCCUCAGGUCUUCAGUCCUGGGGACUACAUCUGCAAGAAGGGCGACAUCGGCAGAGAAAUGUACAUCAUCAAGGCAGGGAAGCUGGCCGUGGUGGCGGAUGACGGAGUCACUCAGUUUGUAGUUCUCGGUGACGGAGCCUACUUUGGAGAAAUCAGCAUCCUGGGUAUCAAGGGGAGCAAGGCAGGCAAUCGAAGAACGGCCAACAUCCGGAGUGUAGGCUACUCAGACCUCUUUGCCCUCUCCAAGGAUGAUCUGAUGGCGGCGCUGACUGAGUACCCAGACGCUAAAGGAGCGCUGGAGGAGAAGGGAAGGGCCAUCUUGAUGAAGGACAACCUCAUUGACGAAUCAUUGGCCAAUGCCGGUCUCGAUGCUAAAGAUUUGGAAGAUAAAGUCGACUUGCUUGAGGGCAGCUAUGAGCUCAUGCAGCUGAAGUUUACCAAGCUGAUGGCAGAGUACACUAACUACCAGAACAAAACCAAGCAGCGGAUCACUAACAUGGAGAACAGGGUCAAAACCCUGAGAGUUGAGGACAUAUAGGUGCAUGGCCGUAUUACCCAAAGACAGGAGACAGUACUUCAAACUACUCACUUCAUGUCUUUAUAGCGUGUGGCUUUCAAAGUGGCUCAUACUCAGACACAAAGGGCGUGGCAAAACCCAACUUAUCUACGUCACGGCCACCUAUCUACGUCAGAUCACAGACGGUUUAUAUAACCUGCAUUCUGUUACUCAGCUGGUACGAUGCAAAGAUAGUCAUGAACACAAAACACUCAAGAGACUGCAGGUAGGUCUGUUCUGAUAUCUUUAAUUGAUUUAGCUAGUUGUUGCUGUUGUUGCUAAAUUAAAUAAAUUCGAGGGGGCGGAGGUUCAGCUCAUUCAGGCCAUACGCUCCCCCCAGUAGGGGCCUAUCAAGCAGAGAAGACUGAUGAUUUUCUCACGGUUUUAAAGCCUAAUGUAACAUACUUGUUUUUUUUCAUUCAAAUUUGAAUGGGAAGUUAACACAUUCUUCUGUGGUGUGAUGAACUUAAAACUAAUUUUCAGUUCCUGCUUUACAGCAUCUUUAAACCCAGAUGUACAUAGCGUAAGUGCAAAUAUGUAUGGAAUACAAGUUUCAUUAAAACCUUUACUAUUAGUUUCAGAAACAGCAAAAUGUUAGUUUUUAGAACCAAUGGUGAUAUUUUCAUUAAAUAUGCUUAUUACAUCACCAGUGUAAAAAUGUAUCAAAUUACAUACUUAAAAAAAUGUUGUCUAAAUAAAAAUUGUUUUUAUUCAAUUAGGUAUUGCUUCCUUUAUUGACCAAGAACUUAUAUAUAUACACAAUGACUUACAUUCCUGUGAAAACAACAUUUAGAGACAUACUGUACAAAACCUGGUUGAAAUAAAUUCUCUAAACAAAGUUCCAAGUUGGAAAAGAGCAGUCACUUUUAUUUAGCAUGUUUUCACAACACUUGAUACUUUUAGUCUUUCAUCCAAUUUUUUUUUGUGUGUCAAUUCUUACCCACCUCCAACCAACCAACUGCUUCCUCCCCUUCCAGAGUUCAAGAUGAACGUUUCACCUUUGACUUUCACUUGGCCCUAGAGUCCUUAAAUCCUGUUCGGGUGAGCAGCAUCUUCAGCAGUACAAAACAGAGGUACAAAGAAAUGAGGGACAGCGGAAAGCAAAACAAAAGACAGCGAUGGAAAGAGACAAAGGCUCAGGGGAAAAAAAAGGGGUUGAAAUUCUGUCCUGUUUGAGGCCUGGCUCUUCAGUAACAGCCCCGAGCACCUUUUAGUGGCAUACUGUCAGCUAACUGAAAGCUGUCUUCCCAGAUGGACAGACUGAAUGAAGACAGCAUCAAGGAUCACCUCAAUCCUUUAAGCAGUGAUUACAUCCCUAUCACACUGUCCAAACCCAAAAAUAGACAUGAAAAUAACUGCCAGUGCUGAAAAGGAAUUUCACAGUUGGCUUUCCAAUCAACACAACCAAAAAAAAGAAAAAAAAAUGCAGCCAUAAGAGUCAUUUACAGAGACGCAUCCUACAGAUCAGUGACCACAGGGACCAAAGCUCAGUAACGCUUGGCAAAUGUAGAUAUAUAUUUUUUUUUUACACACAAUGUCUUGGUUGGAGGGUGCUGCUCUAGCUACAGCUGGGAUAUAUGAGUUCAGUCUACAUUUGGAUAUCCAGAUAUAUCGAAUAAAUUGUAUUCUGGUGAGAACUGCACUGAGGAAUUACAAUACUGGUUUUGAAACGGUCAACACAGGAAGACUUUAGAAGAAACAAACAAAAAAAACAAUCAUGGCAACUUGCUCCCCCCCAAAAAAAUUAAAUAACAUUCUGAAAAUGUCUAAGUGCACUUACAACAGCUCUGACAGGAUUUGAAUCGUCUUCCGUUUUGAAUGAGAAUAGAUGUUAGAAAAAUGAAAUGGAACUUCAGAACAUAUUCUUUUUUUAACCAUGAAAAACAGCAAUUGAUAGACCACGGUUUUAAGCCAAGUGGCUAUUAAAAAUGAGGAAGAUAUGAUUUUGAGGUGCCGCAGACUACUCAAAGAACUUUCUAUACCGUUAAUAGUCAAAACCGCUGCUUAUUAUCAGGGAGGGAGGUUCAGGUGGAGUUACAUUGAGGACAAACAGUGCAGGGGGGGGGGGGGGUUGCAUGAAUACAACAGAUA